UAGUCGCAUUCAAAUCAGCGGUUGCGGCGGUUUCGCUGGCAUUUAGUUUGUUUAUUUAAUUACCGGCAGAACGCUUAAAACGAUAAUUAAUAGCCGCGAAAUGACUUCUAAGUCUUAACCAGUUGUGUUUGAGCUUUUAUUACUAUUAAAAAUAGUUCCUAAGUGCACAAAAAGAAGGAGUUUAAUUACAGCCACAUCAUAUUUACAUCCAUUAUUUUACGGAAUCCUGCGCGGAAUAUUCCAAAAUGGCUCUCUCCAUCUUCUCCCUGGUUACUGGAUUUUACUUCCUACACUUCUCCAUAGCUCUGAUCCUGGUCAACAAGGAGGUGCCACAGACGCGCGGAAUGCUCUAUCCCAGGGAAUCAGAGACACGAGAGGUUCGCUCACUUGACGGGAUCUGGAACUUUGUGAGGUCAGAUCAGGCGAAUCCCACUCAGGGUGUACGAGAUGAAUGGUAUGCUAAGGAGUUGAGCCAGAGCAGGCCGACGAUUCCGAUGCCAGUGCCUGCCUCCUAUAAUGAUAUAACCACUGAUAAUUUGAGGGAUCAUGUGGGUACGGUGUGGUACGACAGGAAAUUCUUUGUGCCCCGUUCCUGGGCAAAGGAUCAAAGGAUCUGGUUGAGAUUCGGAAGUGUUCAUUAUGAAGCAUAUGUGUGGAUUAACGGCCAGAAAGUAGUGAAGCACGAAAUGGGUCACCUGCCCUUCGAAGCGGAAGUUACGGAUCUCCUUAACUACGGUGCCGAGAACCGAAUAACCGUGAUGUGCGACAAUGCCCUGAUUCAGACGACAGUGCCGCAGGGCAGGAUUACUGAAGUGCCCAAUGAUGGAGGAAUGACCAUUGUGCAGAGCUACACCUUUGACUUUUUCAACUAUGCGGGGAUUCACAGGAGUGUGCAUCUGUACACCACGCCUCGUACUUUUAUCGAGGAGGUUGAGGUCACCACCAAUCUUUCUGCGGAUGCCAGUGUUGGCGAGGUUUUUUAUAGCGUAAGCGUGAAUGGAAGUGCUGCCAAUGAGGCGGAUAAUGUCCUGCAUAUUCAAACUAACCUCUACGACAAGGAAGGCCUACUCGUGGCAAAUGCAACGUCAGACGGAAAACUCGGAGGCAAGUUGCAGGUUAACCAGGUAAAACCGUGGUGGCCCUACCUAAUGCAUCCCGAGCCCGGUUACCUGUACGAGCUGGAGAUCAAACUAUUGGCCACUAAGGACGAGCUUCUAGAUGUCUACCGUCUGAAAGUUGGAAUUCGAACUUUGAGUUGGAACAAAAAGCAAUUCCUGAUCAACGGCAAGCCUGUUUAUUUCCGAGGAUUCGGACGACACGAAGAUGCGGAUAUCAGAGGAAAAGGUCUGGAUAAUGCCUUGAUGGUUAGGGACUUUAAUCUUCUCAAGUGGAUUGGAGCAAAUGCAUACCGUACCUCGCAUUAUCCGUAUUCAGAGGAGUCCAUGCAGUUUGCGGAUGAGCACGGUAUUAUGAUCAUAGACGAGUGUCCAAGUGUGGAUACAGAGAACUAUAGCCAGGAGCUGUUGGGCAAGCACAAAUCAUCAUUGGAGCAGCUCAUACACAGGGAUCGGAAUCAUCCGAGUGUGGUGAUGUGGUCCAUUGCCAAUGAACCUCGAACUGGCAGCAUGAGUGCGGACUCGUACUUUGAAUUGGUGGCCAAUUAUACGCGUUCCCUGGAUAGUUCUCGACCAAUUACGGCUGCUAUUGCCGUGCCUCAUACUCAGGAUAAGGCGGGUCGUUCUCUGGACAUCAUUAGCUUCAAUCGCUAUAAUGCCUGGUAUUCAAACACCGGACGUCUAGACAUGGUUACCCAGAAUGUGAUCGAUGAGGCUACCGCUUGGAAUAAGCAUUACAAUAAACCCAUUAUCAUGUCUGAAUAUGGAGCUGAUACCCUAGAGGGAUUGCACAUGCAACCUUCCUAUGUCUGGUCGGAGGAAUUCCAGACGGAGGUAUUUUCCCGCCAUUUUAAGGCCUUUGACGAGCUUCGCAAGAAAGGCUGGUUUAUUGGGGAGUUCGUUUGGAAUUUUGCAGACUUUAAGACAGCUCAAAGCUAUACCCGCGUGGGCGGUAAUAAAAAGGGAGUUUUUACCCGCGCCCGUCAACCUAAGGCGGCUGCACAUCUCCUUCGGAAGAGAUACUUUGCCUUGGGCAGAGAUCUGGACCAAUGCAGCUUCCCGGAGGAUCUCUUUACCUAUAUUGCUGACCUGAUAUCCUAAUGGAUAAGUGAACGUUGAUACCACCCAAGUAUUUGGACACUGUAAAUAAGAUUACUGCCACCUCGGAUUUGCAUUUUUAGCUGAUUACCCUAACCCAUUCCGCUGCAUUGCCCUUGUACAAUAUUAAAAAAUAGCUCUAGUUGAUUGUAUUUUUGUAUGUAAUUGUAAGCAUAAGAUUAUAAAUAAAAGUGCGUUA